AUGGAUAAAUACGAAAAUAAAGCUAUAGAAAUAAGAAGAAAAACAGUAGAAUGUGAAUGUGCUUAUUUUGAACAGAUAGAUAAAAUUUAUUUACCUUGUAUGAUUGAUGACGACUCUAAAGCAGAUGUUAGAAUAUCGGUAUAA